GCAAUGCAUACUGCUGUCUUCUCACUGUUGUGACUCUACAAAACUCUCAUGGCUCCAGAAGCUGGAAACUCAGACGUGUAGUGGGGAAUUAGUAGGACUUUUACGCUUCAUUUUUGUCACUGAAAACACCAGCUAAAGGACAUGACUGUGGAGCAAAAUGUCCUCCAACAGAGUUCCCAAAAGCACCAGCAGACCUUUCUGAACCAGCUCCGUGAAAUUACAGGCAUUAAUGAUAUCCAGGUGCUCCAGAAGGCAUUAAAGGAUAGUAAUGGGAAUCUGGAGUUAGCCGUUGCAUGCCUGACAGCCAAGAGUGCCAAGACCCAACAGCAGCAGCAGCAGGAGGCGGAAUCAUCCUACUACCAGACAUCCCAAACUGGCAACGACCGAUACAUCAGUGUAGGCAGCCAAGCUGAUACAAAUGUUAUUGAUCUGACAGGGGAUGAUAAGGAUGACCUGCAACGAGCCAUUGCUCUGAGUCUCGAGGAAUCUAAUCGCACAUACAGAGAGACUGGUAUCACUGAUGAGGAUGAAGCCAUAAGCAGAGUUCUUGAAGCCAGUAUAGCAGAAAACAAAGCAAGUCUGAAGCGAACACAUACUGAAGUAUGGAGCGAUUCUCCAAAUCCGUAUGAUAGAAAAAGGCAGGAAAACUGUCCGGUUGGACUUAAGAAUGUUGGAAACACCUGCUGGUUCAGUGCUGUUAUUCAGUCGUUAUUUAACUUGCUGGAGUUUCGCAGGCUGGUGUUGAAUUAUGCAACUCCUGCAUGUGCUCAGAAUGUACCGCACAAUCAUAAGGAGAAACGGAAUUUACCUUUCAUGCGAGAGUUGCGAUACCUUUUUGCCCUUCUGGUUGGGUCUAAAAGGAAAUAUGUCGAUCCCUCAAGAGCUGUAGACAUUUUAAAGGAUGCGUUCAAGUCUAGUGACUCACAGCAGCAGGAUGUCAGUGAGUUCACACACAAGCUACUCGACUGGUUAGAAGACGCCUUUCAAAUUAAAGCAGAAGAUGGGAGGGGAAAUGAAGAGGACAAAGUAAAAAAUCCCAUGGUCGAGUUAUUCUAUGGAAAGUUCCUAGCCAUAGGAGUUCAUGAGGGUAAAAGGUUUGAGAAUACUGAACUGUUUGGACAGUAUCCUCUGCAGGUGAAUGGAUUUAAACACCUACACGAGUGUCUUGAGGCUGCUAUGGUUGAGGGCGAGAUUGAAUCAUUACACUCGGAGAAUUGUGUAAAGUCUGGGCAAGAGCACUGGUUCACUGAGCUGCCUCCUGUUUUAACAUUUGAGCUCUCCAGAUUUGAAUUUAAUCAAGCCUUGGGAAGGCCAGAGAAGAUACACAAUAAAUUAGAAUUUCCUCAUGUGCUGUAUAUGGACAGGUAUAUGGUGAAAAACAGGGAUGCAACACGACGUAAGCGUGAUGAAAUCAGGCGACUGAAAGAACAGCUCAUGGUUUUACAGCAAAGACUUGAACGGUACCUAAGCUAUGGUUCUGGUCCAAAACGGUUUCCCCUGGCAGAUGUACUACAGUAUGCUUUGGAGUUCGCAUCAAGUAAGCCAGUCUGUGUUUCACCAGUUGACGAUAUUGAAACGAGUGUGCCUCCCAGUGGCACAGUAGCAUCACAGCCAACACCAAGCACAACAGAACAAACGAGUCGUGCUUUUCUGACGUCCAUUUCUGUUUCAUUGUUUCUGCCAUACAUUACAGACCUGCAGGAAAGUAUAUCAAGAAUCCAUUGCACAAUUGACAUGAUGUACGCUGACAAGCUGUUAAUGCAAAAUCCCUACAAGUUGCAUGCUGUGCUUGUCCACGAAGGGCAAGCAAAUGCAGGACACUACUGGGCUUACAUCUUUGACCACAAUCGGGAAUGGUGGAUGAAAUACAAUGACAUCUCGGUUACAAAAUCUUCAUGGGAGGAGCUGGAACGCGAUUCCUUUGGUGGUUAUAGAAAUGCGAGUGCCUACUGCUUAAUGUACAUCAGUGUCAAAGAAACAUACUUGAUACAAGAAGAGCUUGACAAAGAAACUGGCCAGCCAUUAAUAGGCUGGCAUACCUUGCCGCCUGAUUUACAGGAGUAUGUCAAGGAAGACAACCGGCGGUUUGAAAAGGAACUGGAAGAGUGGGAUGCACAGCAAACACGAAAAGCAGAGCAGGAACCGAUCUCUGCUGCUCAAACCAUAAAGGAGUAUCCGCCUUCAGCAACUCAAGCACAAGCAGUUGAACCAGAGUACAUGGAACAGGCAUCACAAGCCGAAGCCCUGCAUCCUGUAAGAGAGGAGACCGUGCAAGCCAUUAAUCAGGCAGCAGCGGGCUGUGAGGAACAAGGUCCAGAAGAAACCCUGCACACCACCUCUGAGGAAGAGUCCCCUGUCCAGACUGCACCUGCCCAGCGUAUUGUAGAGGUGGAGAUCCCCCACGUGGGUACCUUUGUGAUAGAGUCUGAAGAGGGGGGCUAUGAUGAUGAGGUGAUGCUGAGCCCGACCAUGCAGGGUAUUAUCAUGGCUAUAGGUAGAGCCCAGAAUGUGUAUGACAGGUUCGGGCCUGAAGCAGGGUUCUUUAAGGCUAUUAAAACAGAAUAUGCUCGUUUGGUGAGAAUGGCUCAAGAGGAUACCCCACCUGAAAAUGACUAUCGUCUGCAACAUGUGUUAGUAUAUUUCAUCCAGAACGAAGCGCCUAGGAAAAUCAUUGAGAGGACAUUACUGGAGCAGUUCGCCGACCGUAAUUUGGGUUUUGAUGAAAGGUGUCGUAAUGUAAUGAAAGUUGCCAGAUCCAAGUUGGAUAUGUUGAAGCCUGAUGAAGUAAACAUUGAGGAGUAUGAGAGAUGGCACCAAGAUUACCGUGAUUUCUUAGAAACGACUGUUUACCUGACGUUCAGCCUGGAAUCGUUUCAGAAAGGAAGCUAUGAGAAGUCAUUGAUCUGCCUCAUAUACGCCUAUCAGUAUAACCGAGAGCUGCUGUCCAAAGGAAUGUAUAGGGGACACGAUGAGGACCUCAUCUCACACUACAGGCGAGAUUGCUUAUUGAAAUUGAAUGAAUGUGCUGCAGGCUUGUUUGAGUCUGGGGAUGACCAAGAUGUAAAUGAAGGGCUCAGAGUUAUGAAUGAAUACGUUGUGCCAUGCCUACCACUGUUACUUGUGGAUGAAACUGAGGAGAAGGACAUUGCAGCUGUGGAGGAUAUGAGAAAUCGCUGGUGCUCGUACCUGGGAGAGGAGAUGGAACCUAAUUUGCAAGAAAAACUGACAGAUUUCCUGCCAAAGUUACUUGACUGCUCCAUGGAAAUCAAAGGUUUAUGUGAGCCACCAAAGUUGCCGUCCCUCUCCACACACGAAUUGUGUGAGCGUUAUGCCAAUGUCAUGAUAUCACUUAGUCGAAUGCCAGCUGAUGGCAGAUGAACAAGCACAGACCUUUUAAAGCACAGUGUAAAGACUUCUGUUUUAACUCCUUCCUUCUUAUCACAGGAGUUGCUUGUUGCUGCUAGAGUUUUACAUUUUUUUGUAUUUUAAAAGUGCAAAUGACAAAAGUGACUGUACAGACUCAAGCCAGACUGCACUCGAUGAAGCACCGAAAUGCAUGUCACGCCAGCUGUGUUUUAAUCAAAAACAGUACAUUAAGGUGGAAGUUCCCUAUUACAGUAUUACCACGCUUUUCUUUUAUAAACAAUGAUUUUAUCACUGGCUUCUGUUUUACUUCAGCCCUUCUCUGACUGUAACCCGGCGAGUAGUGUUAGGUGCUGUGUUUGAACACAGCAUCUGGUGACUUGUAAAUGAAAAGAAAAGAAUAAAGUUUUAUUUAUGACUAUA